CUCAUGUCCUAAAACAUUAAAAGCCAUAUUAAUAGAACGUAAUUAAAGAUGCUAAAGUAACUUCAUGGAAUCUAGGGCUUCGCGCCGCUAGGUGUUUUGUCCGGUCUUGGCGAUCAAACCAAGACUCGGUGGCUCUUCGGUAGCAUCGACAUCGGGUGGCCGCGGCUUUUAAAGCAGGUUGGUGGGGAAGGAUCGCAGAAGCAGUCUCAAGGCUUGUUUGUUUUUCAUCCGGUCUUUGCGAAGGAAGCCUAUAUCGCAGAGAAGUUUUGCUUUGUUUUGCGGGCAAAGAUGGAAUCCAUAGCGGACAGGUACCGGAGGAUGAAGGUGGCGGAGAAGGAGACGGAACUGGACUGCGACGACGCCGAGGAAGGAAAGGAAGACGAGGAGGUGGUUCGCCCACGCUUCUCGGUGGUUGGAGCGUUGAUUGCAGACCGGAAGAUCAGUUUUGUGGGUUUCAAGGAAGCAAUGACGACGGCGUGGCGGCCGGGCAGAGGAGUAGAGAUCAAGGAGAUUGAGGAAAAAAGGUACAUCUUUAACUUUAAUCAUCCUGUUGAUAUGAAGCGUGUUGUUGAAGGAGGUCCAUGGCAGUUUGAGAAGAAUUUAUUGAUUGUUAAAGAGAUUAAACCAACAAAUAUCCCCCAUAAGAGUAUACUGAAUGAGGCAGAAUUCUGGGUUCAGGUUCUCAAUGUUCCUUACGGAUUGCUGAAUCUAGGGAAUGCUAGGAAAGUGGGUAACUUUUUGGGAAAAUUUGUGGAUUAUGACAAAAACAAUAAUGGGGAACACUGGAGGCCAUAUAUGAGGGUUAAAGUUUGUAUUAAUGUAGAGCUCCCACUGAAAAAAGGCACAACGUUAAAGAAAGAUGGAGUGGAGUAUUGGGUUGAUUUUCAGUAUGAGAGGUUGCCUAACUUUUGCUUUAUUUGUGGGGUUAUGGGGCAUUCUGAUAAGUUCUGCCCACUUUUGUAUGAAGAAGGUUUGGUUUUGGAAAAAAGUUUUGAUGCGUCCCUUAGGGCAGGGGGAGGAGUGAAGACCAACCCUACAGGGUUAAACAAAUGGCUGAUCGGGGAAAGCUCGAGUUCGGAAAAGGGGAGCCAGGGGUGGUUGGGGCAAGGGAAGGAAGAUAAAGGGCUGGGGGACAAAGAAGAUGUGACUGACUCUGGGAGUGCUUCCAACAAGGAAGUGGUUCUGAAACAAAGCGAAGAAUAUGCAGGCGAAAAGCGCAGGCGUACUUGGGAAGUAGGGACAACUCAAGAACAGGAAUCAGCAGAGAUGGCUCUGGACAACGGAAAAAACGGGGAGGCGACGAACUUAGAGGGGUAAGCUCGUCCGGGGAGGCUGGGAGACAGAAAGCGACUGGAUGGUGCUGCGGGGUGUCGUUUUAUUGUUAUAAUUGUUAUUUUUCAGUCUGGUGUGUCUUGUUUGUUUCUGACAGUUUUUGUUCUUCCUUUUGUUUUGUUUUCGGUUGUGCCUGUAAAACGUUUGGGUUGGAUUUGGAGGUAGGAGAUGAUUUAACUAGGAUUACCGUCACUGGCUCAGUUGUGCCCACUUUUGGAUCAGCGAGUUAUAUUACUGAGGUAGUUGACUCCAACUCUGGUUCGCGGGACGACGGUCAUCUUAAGUUACUUUGUCAGUUUUCCUGCUAUCCUGAUGUUUUGAGUUAUAUGUAAGCCACCUUUCCUCAAAAAAAAAAAAAGAUGCUAAAAAAUAGGAAGGUAAAAUCGUUAGAAUACACAUGAUUACAUGAACGGAAGGAAAACAACGGAAUGUCCAAAUUACC